AUGCGGAUUGAACAAGCAUCUGCUAGUGAGAGCGCAAUCCUUCUGGAUCCAUUAUCCCAUAGCUUGUCUGUUGAUCGACAGCUCAACUUCCGAUAUCUUUUUGUUGUGGAUAUGAGCAUCCAAGCCCAAGAAUAUAAGAAUGGCCCUCUCUCCCUCGAUAAAGGCCAUGAAGCUGUCCAAGUUGUUCAUAGCAAACUAUUCCGACAUAUCAUCCUCUUCACCCUUGUCUUUACUUGCCGCAUUGAUCAACCAGCUAUGAAGGGGCUUCUCUCACUGCUCCUUGUGGGAGCUGCUAACGCUUUGGCGGCUUCCUACGAACCUCGCUCCCUCACGGAGGAUAUGCUGCAAGGCAAGGAGAAAAAGAUCUGGGACGCUCUUAAGGGGGAGAUACCCGAUGCAAAAUUGGACGAUUACUUCAACCCUCCUACAGCUCAUCAACGCAGCCCUGAUGAGAAGUGGGACGGUAAGCUUGAGGGAAAAUCCGUCAAUACUCUUUGGGUCGAAGAAGGAAAAGACAAGCCCUCAGGUAUCGAGGAGUAUGGCAUGAGAUUCAAGACCGUGGACCCCAGCUCUCUCGGUGUCGACAACGUUACGCAAUACAGUGGCUAUCUAGACAAUAAAAAGAAUGGCCAGCACCUUUUCUUCUAUAUGUUAUCAUUCACGCUUGCCUCCUUUAUGGUAGAAUAG